CCGGUUAACUUGACGCAGCAGCGGGGGAGUCCAAUGGAAGCCUUCGUCGCAACCCGGAGGAAACAAUCGAGUGCGAUUUAGCUUAAAAAUAUAAGCCGAUAUCUUUAUAUAGGGUUAUAGACUGUAUAUUUUCUCAAAAGUCUGGGUCUGCCGUUCUCGCCACUGUGUUUCAAACCCGGUAACUUGCCGUUAAGGGCGUUUGUUCGGCCUUGUUUAUACUGUGCAGGGCUGCUUGGAUCAGGGAAGCAGGCCCGGCGGUCCUGGGCGAAUUUGACGGCCGUUUUGGUUCGGGAGUGGGUUUUGUGCGGAUCGGCCCUUUAGCUCACCAAAGAAUAUGACCCAGAUGCAACAAUGACAUCCAGAUUUGGUAAAACCUACAGCCGCAAGGUAGGAGAGGGCACGUCCAAGUUUGACGAGGUUCUGUCCACCAAGAGAGGCACCCUUAGUACCAAAUGGGGCGACACCACCUACAAGGCCAAGGUGGGCUCCAAGCGCGCCGGCGCCCCCAAGAAUGACUCUCUCCUGGAGGUUUACAAGAGACCCCGUCCGAGCGCAGACGGCAUGGAGGACCCGUUUGGAUUCGACAGCGACGAGGAAUCCAAGCCGGUGUCUUCCCGCAGCGCCAGCAAGUCGUCCCCCGCCAAGCCGACCUCCGCGGAGCCUCCGCAGUUGGAGAGGCCCGGGCUUUCUCUGGACGCGGGGAGCAGGUCCAGCCUCCAGGGGGGAUCCCACACUUUGACGUCCGGAACAGGGGCGUCGUGGCUGCCCAACGACAGGAGCCAGCCCAGGGUGAUGGAGGACACCGCUCGGUUCUUCAACAGCAGCACUGCCAGCAUAGGAAAGUCCCAGCAGAGUUCCUCGUUGGCAGAGAACCAGCACAGCUACUCGUGGUACCAAAAUGCUUCCGAGAGCGAUAAGAAGCCCCUGGCGCAGACCACCACCCUGAAGACCGGGUCCAAUUUGGAGUCCACCUUCGACUCCUGGGAAGCCAUCAUGGGUCUCCGUCCGCCCUCACCCAGCCAGGAACCUCGCAACCCGGCGCCCACGCUCUCCUGGGCUCCAGCGGGCAUCGCCGUGGGCAGCUCUGACCUCGGGCAGACCCGGCGCGAGAAGCGCCCCUCUCCCCCGAGGCUCCAGAGCCCCAGCGAGAGCGAGGACCUCGGAGGCGACUCGGACUUCCUCGUGGAGACGUCGGACUACUCCCAGACUUCGUCGUCCUCGUCGCUCGUAAGAAACUCGAACUGUCGGACGUACAGGAGGCCUAACAAACAGGGCUCUGGCAAAGCCUCGGACUCCAGCGGCUCUCCCGGCGCCGCUUUUGGCACCGAUCUUCCCAAAUCCACGACUGACGGCGGUAGUAAGACGACGGGGGGCGGAGGAGGAGGCCGGGGGCGGGGCAGGACGAGGGACUACACGGUGCUGCACCCCUCCUCCGUGUCGAUGUGCAACGUCACCAUCCAGCCCCGAGGCGUGGAGGAGUUCAGCGCCGACGCAGCGCCCUCUGGCGGUGGCGGCAGCGCUGUGUCCGCCAGCACGGUGGAGAUGGGAGAGGCGGGUUGGCAGCGGAAGAAGACGGAACAACAAAACACAAGGCUCAAACCAACCAGCACAAAGUCAAAGAAGGCCAGUAAGAUGGACCUGUUUGGUUUCGAAGACGCAGACGCCCACCAGGAGGAGAACAGCGGCGACAGCACGGACGGCCGGUCCAGUUACAAGAUCCAGUACUUUGGCUUUGACGACAUGAGCGACAGCGAUGGGGACGACGACGACGACGACGACGGCGGCGCCAAAGAGAGGAGGAGGGCCAAGAAAGCCGCGGCCGCCCAGAGAGCCCCGGUGGUUGCUGUGGACGAAACGCCGACCGAUGAGCCGCCGGAUCCGUUCGAGACUCUGGAGAGGCUGGAGAGGAUGGAGCGGCUGGAGAGACUGGAGAGGCUGGACAGACCGCCAGCCAAGGAGAGCAAGAAGAACGCGGAGAAGCAGGAAAACAGGAUACGAGCAGACGUCCUGGACUUCUCCGAGGAUGGCCUCCGAGUGGUCGCCAGGGCUCCCAGGAGACCGCCUCAGGGCAAACCGGCAGAGAAUAACCCCGACAACCUCCGGAGGAUCUUCAGCGCACAGAAGAAGUCUCCCACCAAAGCCGUGUACAACGCCAGGCACUGGACGUUGGAGCGUGAAGAGGAGCCCCCUUCGACUUUCAUCUCCCGAUCACAGACAGCUCCUGCGCCAGUCUCAGCGAGAGGCUCCAGUAAGGAGCCCACUGAUGCUCAUAAGGACGAUGGCGUUUUCAAGGCUCCUCCCCCUCCUCCCAAAGUCACCAAGUGCGUCACCCUCCCCACAGAUCUCUACCAGGACGCCGUCACCGCACUCAAAUGCCGCAAAGAGCACAAAGAGCUGUAUACAGUCGUCCAGCAUGUGAAGCACUUCAACGACGUGGUGGAGUUUGGAGAGAACCAGGAGUUCACUGAUGACUUUGAGUACCUGGCUACUGGUCUGAAGAGUGGACAACCUCUCAACACACGCUGCCUUAGUGUGAUUAGCCUAGCUACACGCUGUGCCAUGCCCAGCUUCAGGAUGCACCUCAGGGCCAGAGGGAAGGUGGCUCAGGUCUUCAAAACGCUCAAUGACGCCCCGCAACACCCGAACCUGGCUCUGUGUACGGCGUCUCUGAUGUACAUCCUCAGCCGAGACCGGUUGAACAUGGACCUGGACCGGUCGUGUCUGGACCUGAUGAUCCGGCUGCUGGAGCUGGACCAGGAUCAGGGCAGCCUGGCCGUGACGGGGACAGAAACCGACUCCACGGCUCAGUUCAGCGCCAGAGAGAUUGCCAAGAUGAAGGAGAAGAUCAGGAAGCUCUGCGACACUGUGCAUAACAAGCACCUGGACCUGCAGAACAUAACGACGGGUCAUUUAGCCAUGGAGACGUUACUGUCUCUGACCUCCAAGCGAGCGGGAGACUGGUUCAAAGAGGAGCUACGGCUACUGGGAGGACUGGACCACAUCAUCGAUAAAGUGAAGGAGUGUGUUGAUAACUUGAACCAGGAGGAUGAGAAGGAGAAGAUGGUGUCGUCUCUGUGGGGAGCUGAGAGGUGUUUACGCGUGUUGGAGAGUGUGACGGUCCACAACCCAGAGAACCAGGGCUACUUGAUCGCCUACAAAGACUCAUCGCUCAUCAUCUCAUCUGCAAAGGCGUUGCGGAGGUGCGAGGAGAUGAUCCAGCGUUACAGCAGGGAGCUGAACUCAGACGGAGCCGUGGGGAAAGCCGUGGAGGACUGUAUGAGGGCCAUUAUAGGAGUCCUGCUCAACCUGACGCACGACAACGAGUGGGGCAGCACGAAGACAGGAGAGCAGGAGGAUUUAAUAAUGACGGCUCUGAACUGUGUUCUCAAAGUACCUCAGUAUCUUCCACAAGAGCAGAGGUUCGACAUCAGAGUACUGGGUCUGGGCCUGCUGAUCAACCUGGUGGAGUACAGUGCCAGGAACAAGUACUGUCUGAUGGAGAUGGAGAUGGAGGGGGGGCAGGGUCCCUGCGACUCCACCGUCCUGCUGAACCCUCCGCUCCAGGACAUCACCUGCACCGGCCCACUCAGCGCCAUCGCUGCACUUGUACAGCUGUUCCUCCAGCGGGAGCGGGCUGCCAUCCAGGCUGAGGCGCAGACGGAUGACCUCAUCAAGGAGGCGCCGAAGCCUGCGCUGGACAAGAGCGGCGAGUGGCAGGAGACGGGCGGGGAGAUCCAGUGGGUUGCCAACGACAACAACGUAGAGAAGCCGGAGGAUGAAAAGAAGAAGAAGGAGAAGGAGGAGGAGGACGAGGAGCUGGACCUCAACAAAGCUCUGCAGCAUGCAGGGAAGCACAUGGAGGACAGCAUCGUGGCCUCCUACACAGCACUGCUGCUGGGCUGCCUGUGUCAGGGGAGCACGUUGAAUGUGACUACUGUGAGAGACAACCUGCCGAAAGGAGAUUUCUCCAUCAUGACAGAAAUGCUGAAAAAGUUCCUCAACUUCAUGAACCUCACGUGUGACGUCGGCACCACAGGACAGAAGUCCAUCUCCCGGAUCAUUGACUAUCUGGAGCACUGCUAGAGAGAAGCCUCUCACACACACACUCUCUCUCUCUCUCUACACACACACACACACACACACACACACACACACACACACACACACACACACACACACACACACACACACACACCACAACAACCAUCUCAUUCAUCUUCGUCACCACCAUCCUCAUCUCAGAUUAAGUUCACUCCUGGAACACACACACACCCACCCACCCAACAAACACCUGUUCUUCAUCAUCCUCUUCCUCUGCGUGUUGUGACCAGACGUCGUCCAGUUAAAGGCAGUUUUCGUCGUCAUGGUUUCAGCGGUGGAAGCUCACACAUAACUGAAUGAAAAGGGAGGUUUUUUUUCCCUUCUAAAUUGACUUGAGAUGAACCCAAAUGUAUUAUGACUUCAGGUAUACCG